UGCCGCAGGUGCGCGCUCGCUGGGGCCUCCGCGUCCGCGGGGCGGGGCCGUGCGCCUUCCUCUUCCUGGGCAGCCUCGGGACCGGGCGCCGCGGCCGGCGGGCACCAUGAAUAACCCUAUACCUUCCAAUUUGAAAUCAGAAGCGAAAAAGGCUGCCAAAAUAUUAAGAGAAUUCACAGAAAUAACUUCCAGAAAUGGACCUGACAAGAUCAUUCCUGCUCAUGUAAUUGCGAAGGCUAAAGGCCUUGCAAUUCUGUCUGUGAUCAAAGCCGGGUUCCUGGUGACCGCCAGAGGAGGCAGUGGGAUUGUACUGGCACGUCUUCCAGACGGAACAUGGUCUGCACCCUCAGCCAUUGGGAUAGCCGGCCUUGGUGGGGGAUUUGAAAUAGGAAUUGAGGUAUCAGACUUGGUGAUAAUUCUGAAUUAUGACCGUGCUGUUGAAGCUUUUGCGAAAGGUGGAAAUCUAACCCUCGGGGGGAACUUGACUGUGGCUGUCGGGCCCUUGGGAAGGAACUUGGAAGGAAACGUCGCCCUCAGAAGCUCGGCCGCUGUCUUCACCUACUGCAAGUCCAGAGGGCUCUUUGCAGGCGUGUCUUUAGAAGGGAGCUGUUUGAUUGAAAGGAAAGAAACUAAUAGAAAAUUUUAUUGUCAAGAUAUCCGAGCAUAUGACAUUUUAUUUGGAGACACACCACGGCCUGCUCAAGCCGAAGAUCUUUAUGAAAUUCUUGAUUCCUUUACUGAAAAGUAUGAAAAUGAAGGACAACGAAUCAAUUUGAGAAAAGCAGCAAGGCAGCAGAGGAAGCCUUCUGCGAAAGAACUACCUCCAAAGCCAUUGUCAAGACCACAUCAGUCAUCUGCACCAGCCCAGCUGAACUCUGGCUCUCAAAGUAACAGAAAUGAAUAUAAGCUCUAUCCUGAACUUUCCAGCUAUCACGACAGAGUUGGCAAUUUAAAUCCACCCAUAGAAGUGACAGCACUGUAUUCAUUUGAAGGACAGCAGCCUGGGGAUUUGAAUUUUCAAGCUGGAGACAGAAUCACAGUUAUAUCAAAAACAGAUUCACAGUUUGAUUGGUGGGAAGGAAAGCUUCGAGGUCAAACUGGCAUUUUUCCAGCCAACUAUGUAACCAUGAAUUAAAGCUUAAACUAUUUUCUUCUUUGAGAAUUACAGAAAAAAUUAUUUCUACACUGGCAGGAUUUACUAGUUAAGCAAUGUUUAAUAUAAAUUUACAAAAAAAAACUUCUAUAAAUUUCCAUUCAGUAUGUAAAAUAUUUUGUUUUCCUAUAUAAAAAGAGUUGACCUAUAUAUCUUUAAGUACUUUGUACUAACUUUAUCACAUAUGUUGUGUCAUACACUAACCUGCAAUUUAUGUGGUCAUAGUUCUUUUGUGAACAUUUUCAAACAUCACUAAGCAUUUGAUCUGGCUAUGUACGUGGUAGCUGUAUUUUAAGAAUUUUGAGGGUAGCGCCAUUAAUGUCAAUUCAUACAUUUAUAUUUGCAAAGUGACUAGAGAAAAAGAAAUCAGCUUAUAGGAGGUAUCAGUAAUGUUUAGAGUUGUAAGUGUUAACUGGACUAUGAAUCCUUAGAAAUCAUCUUUAUACCUUCAAAAAUUGUACAAAUGCAUUCAUCAUAGAAACAUGAUUACAAGAAGUCUGAACACCAUGUAUUUAAAAAUAUGACAUCUCAACUUUUCUUCCUUAUGGGGACAUUUGUUCAUUGCCAGCAGUAGAAUAAACUUAGGGUGACAUGGCUGACUUGUCUCUAAAUAAAAUUUUAAAAUGUUUACUAAGU